GACAUGCAAGGUUUGUGUGCAUCUCAGAUACACAUUCUCAAACUAACAAAAUGAAUGUACUACCAGACGGUGAUGUUCUGAUACAUGCAGGGGAUUUCACAAAUGUUGGUCGACCUAAAGAAGUUGACGAGUUCAAUGAAUGGCUUGGGAAGCAGCCUUUCCAGUAUAAAAUAGUGAUUGCAGGUAAUCAUGAGCUGACAUUCGAUCAGGAAUUGGUGAAGGCUGGGACAAGCCCUGUUUGGCAGUCAUACUUCAGGUCCACGUCUGCUGCCAGUGUUGCUAAUAUCCAUGAGAAACUCACCGAUUGUAUAUAUUUAUUGGAUGAACAUAUUAACAUACUAGGAUUUAAUAUAUAUGGAUCACCUUGGCAACCAGAAUUCUGUGAUUGGGGAUUCAAUUUACCCAGAGGUGAACAGUUAUUGCAGACUUGGAACAAGAUACCUGACGACACAGACAUACUAAUAACUCAUGGCCCACCUAUCGGCCACGGUGAUAAAACAAAUGAUAGUAUUAGGGCUGGAUGUGUUGAACUGCUGAGUACAAUCCAACAGCGUGUCAAACCAAAAUACCAUAUAUUUGGUCAUAUACACGAAGGCUAUGGUAUAAGCACCGAUGGUGUCACCACUUAUAUCAAUGCAUCUAUAUGUACAUUUAAUUAUAGACCAACGAAUUUACCAAUUAUAUUUGACCUUCCAAUGCAGAAAAAGAAGUGA